AUACAAUGGUAACUAAAAGUAAACAACAAAAUGAAAAUGAAGAACAAAUAUCGGAAAGUCUAAAAAUGGAUAAUGAACCAGGCAUGUAUAUUGAACAUACGCAAGAAUAUAACGAUAACCCAGAGUACUCUGAAGAAAAUAAAAUCAAACGCCAACAGGCACGAAAGGAGGUCUUGGAGUCUCAACCAUCCAAGAAAACCUCAACACCAACAUCGCCAACUGGAAACGACCGUGCGAGACCUGCACUACUACACCGCAGCUCGGGCACUGCUUGCCCUCCCAAACAGAUGACUAGGCUCACCGCCAAUCCUGAAAUUGAACGCACAUCAACUGGGAAUACGCCUGCCUCGCGUAAGCCGAAGGAGUCUGAUGCUUCUGAGCGUAGAUCUGGACUUAAAAGGACUCCUAGACCAAGAGCCCUCAAAAAACUCAAUGAUCCUACCGGAUCAGCAUGUAAAGCAAACAAGCCGUCAAUCCGGAAUGUUCUCAGCCACUAUGAUUGCGAGUCGUGUAGUGAUUCGUCCUCUGCGGUUGACACAGCCGAAGGUCAGCCCAAUACAUACGCUGAAAUCACUGUUAGACGCUCAAAAAGACACGGUAAAGUGGCAUCAGAUGAUAAAACCAAACCUCCGAAGAACAAAUUUAUUAAUGCAUGUGCUGAAGCCCAUACAAUGAGAGCUGAGGUGGCUCAGUACAUGAUCAAUCCUACCAGCAAAUGCCCCAAACCGGCGGCGAUGUUUGUCUGUGAGAGGAUCGAUCGCAUCAUAGGACUACUCCAGCAAAUAGCUAUGGAAAAUGCCCAGCUAACUGCGUCAAUUAAUCACGCAAAGACAAGGCCAGAAAGCCAGGUGGAAGCUAUUGUAGCUGCCCUAACGCCGGCAUUCGAUAAGAUAGAAUCAGAGCUGCAGGCAGCAAAAUCUUCAACGCAAUUCUCACCAGUCAAGACUAUUGUCAAUGAACUGACGCACUGCGUGAGUAAAAUUAAAAAAUUAGAAGAAGUCCCAAAACUACUCCCAACCAAAAUAAGUUCCAAUGAAAAUAAUGAGGCCUCUGAGCCCAAUGAUAACUGGUUGAUCGCUAAACCGAGACAAAGCCGGAAACCAAAACCGUUAGCCACGAUUGAAAGGGUGGAUAGCUCGCACCCUCAACGUAUCCAAGCUAAGAGGAAACCUAACCUGCAACCAAGCGCUAAGACCAGUAUAAAAGCAAAAAUCGCUAAAGCCAAGGAAGCACAAAAUAAUCUAAUCAUUAUUGACCCGGUGAGUGAUAUGGAGCCGCAAGCCCUCCUACAAACGGUCAAAGACCGUCUAAACCCAAGAAACUCAAUGAUACGUGUGGAAGGGUUAAGAAUUACAGCAAGAGGCGGAGUGGCGAUCAGAGUCGAGUCUGACUCGGCAAAAACUCCAGUCCUCCGCGUCUUUGAAAACACCAACCUAAAAGCCCGCGAGAUGGGUAAAAGAAACCCUCGCAUCCUGGUACUUCGAGUACCAGCCGAGCUUAAAGCUAACGACGUCAGAGAAGAAAUUAUGGCUAAUAACCAACUCGAUGUCGAACUAAACCAAAUAAGACCGCUGCACACGCUCCGCUAUGGAAGAGGUCAGCGAGGUUCCAACCCUUUCGUGUCGUGGGUAGUCGAGUUACCGCCUAGCGCCCGAAAAACUGUCCUUGAGAAAAACAAGGUAUACCUCGAUUACCAGUCCUGUCCAGCAAGGGACUAUGUGGACAUAACAAGGUGCUAUAAGUGCCAGAUGUAUGGCCACGUAGCUGCAACAUGCCCAAAACUGGAUCCGGUGUGUGGAAAAUGCGCACAACCACACGAUACUAGAAGCUGCAAGGAAGAAGCAGCAAAAUGUGCAAACUGUCAUCGCCUUGGAAUAGAUUACAACCACAGGGCCGGCUCAAGAAGCUGCGAGGCUCACAUAAGAGCGGUAGUGAAGGUCAAAAGCACAACUGACUACGGCGAUACACCAGAGAUACCCGCUGUAAAUAGCACCAAGCCGAUCCCCCAUCCUGAAGAAGUCGACCCUCAACCAGAACAAACGUGCGAGGAUGCGGCCACCAGCGACCUGAUAAGUACGAUCUUACAGAAUUCACAUGGCUCACAGAAGAAAGACUAGUAGCCGCCCUUUGAGGAUCGCGCAACUAAAUUUUCAUCGUUCGCAAACAGUAUGUGAUGAGGCUCGCGCUCUUGCCCAUGCCCA